AUGCGCGCUGUGAGCCUCCAUCCCAAACACAUACAUUUCCCUGUACUUGGAAAGUCACCCAAAGCAGCUCAAGUGCAGAGCAAAGAGACCUCACAACAUACAGGGAACCUAUCAGACUUGAGCUGCAUCUGAAACACCCUAGUGGGGUUUCUAGAUCCUGACAGUCCCUCCUUUAAGUGUGGUUUGGAAUGGAUUUCAAGCCCAACAGCCUCCAGAUACAAGGAUGAAGUGACUUCACAGCUUUAAAACAAUAAACCAAUUUGCGGAAUCUGAUUCCAGAUUUAUCGAAAGGUAGGAGAGCCUGCCAGGACCACAAAUGGCUGAAAGAAGUAUAUGCGCUGACGCAACCUCAGGAAACCCCAAGAUGGCUGCCAAGCGCAAAGGUGGCCUGAAGUUAAAUGCAAUCUGUGCCAAGCUCAGCCGCCAGGUAGUAGUUGACCACAAGGGACCUGAGCAGGUACAUGUCGACAAAGCCCCCCUUGGGUGGGAAAGUGUUGGCGGUGACGCUGCCGCUACCAAGGACGUCACCCAGUCUGUGGCGAAGGAGCUGGGGGCUGAGUUUGCUGAGGGAGCGAACCGUGUGCAGAAGAUUAAGGAGGACAAGCGGAGGGAGGUGAUAGAGAAAUGGGUCAAUGGCGAGUACACCGAAGACCCCUUGCUGGGGCGCAUUGAGAACAAGGAACCAAAGGCCUCUGAGGGGACGGAGCUGCCCCCUGAGGGUGUGUACAUGGUGCAGCCGAAAGGCUGCAGCGACGACGAGGAUAACGGGGAUGAAGCCGAGCCGCCGAGGGACUCCCAAGAUGGCAGCUUCCUGGAUGACCGAGAUUCAGAUGGGCCUCCCCUGAAGGACGAAAGCUUUCGGGCCCCCAACAGCGAAGGGAGUUCCAAACUCAGCGGAGGAGCGUCUUUAGGGGAGGCUUCAUCUCUGCGAGACUAUGCUGCUACCACCAUGAGCGAGUUCCUAGGCAUGUUUGGCUAUGAUGACCAGAACAUGCGGGAUGAGCUGGCUCGCAAGAUUAGCUUUGAGAAGCUGAAUGCUCCUACCUCAGAGGCCAACCCAGCUACUGUUGCCACAUCCCUUGCUGGCGAGGAUGCCAUGAGCAAGAGAGCCCGCUUUUCCAAAUACGAGGAGUACAUCCGCAAAUUGAAGGCUGGGGAGCAAGUCCCGUGGCCUGUUCAUCCGGUUAAGACUGAGGAGCUGACCAGCAAGCUAGGCAAGGAGGCCCCCAUAGGCUUGGGGCAACCAAUUCGGUUGCCAGCCCCAGAAACUUCACUCCUGCCUGAGACGAAAGCCACCAUUUUGCCUCUGCCUUCAUCCAGCAGUUCCCAGAUGCAAGGGCUGAUGUCUCGGGCCUCCAAGUAUGAUUUUUUCAUCCAGAAAUUGAAGACAGGGGAGAGUCUCCGGCCACAGAAUGGCAAUACCUACAAGAAGGCCUCCAAGUAUGACUUGGAGAAUGUCAAAUACUUGCAUCUCUUCAAGCCAGGUGAAGGCAGCCCGGACAUGGGAGGAGCUAUCGCCUUCAAGACAGGCAAAGUGGGACGCCCAUCCAAAUACGAUGUCAGGAACAUCCAGAAGAUUACCCCAGUCAAAGCUCCAGCACCCAGCUUGGGCCCUAACCCUCUUGCCAGCACUCCCAGCAGCGCUCCAGUAGCUGGACCUGAGCAGCCGGUCUCUCUACCCUUCAACACUCCAGAAUACCUUAAAUCCACUUUUUCCAAGACGGACUCCAUCACUACUGGAACAGUUUCCACUGUUAAGAAUGGAUUAACCACUGACAAACCAGCUGUCACCGAAGAUGUAAAUAUUUACCAGAAAUAUAUUGCCAGGUUUUCUGGAAGCCAGCACUGCGGACACAUUCACUGUGCGUACCAAUACCGGGAACAUUAUCACUGCCUUGACCCGGAGUGCAACUAUCAGAGAUUCACAAGUAAGCAAGAUGUGAUCCGGCAUUACAACAUGCACAAGAAACGGGAUAACUCCCUACAGCACGGCUUCAUGCGUUUCAGCCCCCUGGAUGACUGCAGCGUUUACUAUCACGGCUGCCACCUCAACGGGAAAAGCACACACUAUCACUGCAUGCAGGUGGGCUGCAACAAAGUCUACACCAGCACCUCUGAUGUAAUGACCCAUGAAAACUUCCACAAGAAGAACACACAGCUUAUCAACGAUGGGUUCCAACGGUUCCGGGCCACGGAAGAUUGCGGCACUGUGGACUGCCAGUUCUACGGGCAGAAGACCACUCACUUCCACUGCAGGCGGCCCGGCUGCACAUUCACCUUCAAGAACAAGUGUGACAUUGAGAAGCACAAGAGCUAUCACAUCAAGGACGACGCCUACGCCAAGGAUGGCUUCAAGAAGUUCUACAAGUACGAGGAGUGCAAGUACGAGGGCUGCGUCUACAGCAAGGCCACCAACCACUUCCACUGCAUCCGGCCAGGCUGCGGCUUCACCUUCACCUCCACCAGCCAGAUGACCUCUCACAAGCGCAAGCACGAGCGCCGCCACAUCCGCAGCUCGGGCGUGCUGGGCUUGCCCACGGCCCUGCUGGGCGCCAAGGAGAACGAGCAGGAGGAGUCCAGCAACGACGACCUGAUCGACUUCUCGGCCAUGAGCUCCAAGAACUCCAGCCUGAGUGCCUCUCCCACCAGCCAGCAGUCUUCCGUCUCCUUGAUUGUCCCGGGCACCCCCUCGUCGGCAGCAGAGCUGGCUGCCUCGCAGGCCUCCAGCAAACCCGCAAACAGUAUGCCGUCAGCAUCAAAGAUCCCUGCCCUGCUCUCUCAAGCUCUCCCAAGCAAUAUCCCUUUGGCCCUGGCCCUCCCCAACGCAGCGCUUCCGGGAGCGGCGGGCUCCUACUUCCCCAUCCUUCCCAGCCGGGUCUCGGCCCAGCUGCCUGCCAGCUCCACGAGCUUGCUAGCCGCCGGCACGCCCAGUACCAAUCCAGCGUCUUCGGCCAGUUCCCCUUCCCCGGCCCUCUCAGGUUCUGGCGAGGCGGCGGCCACCUCUUCGCCAACUCCAGCAGCGUCCAUAAUGGAGAAGAUCUCUGCCAGCAAAGGGUUGAUUUCGCCCAUGAUGGCGAGGUUAGCAGCAGCAGCACUGAAGCCCUCCGUGGCCGUGGAGGCAGGAAACGGGCAGCCAACAACUCCUGGACGGUUUAACCCGACUCAGAUGAAGCAAGAGGCUGCUGAGAAUCCCAGUGCCGGGUCCACGGCAGCCCAGGAUUCCUUGCAGGAACACAGCUUGGACCUCAGCGUGAAAGAUCAUGGUAAUGAAUCAAAUGGCCACACAGUCUCGGCAAAUUCAUCUCUUUUAUCCUCGCUUAUGAAUAAGAUGUCUCAGAGUAAUCCGAAUCUUGGCAACCUCCUUGGCUUGAAGGGAGAGAGCGAUGGCGGCCAGCUGGCAGCAGCGGGAGAUGCAACCCAGUAUCUGGGCAAGACAGUGAAGGCUCUUGUUCAGGAGAAGCUUGCUGAGCCCUGGAAGAUGUAUUUGCGCAGGUUUGGCACCAAGGAUUUCUGUGAUGCCCAGUGCGACUUCCUUCAUAAAAUGCAUUUCCAUUGCGUGGUGGAAGAAUGUGGUGCUCUCUUCAGCACCGUGGAUGGAGCCGUGAAGCACGCCAACUUCCACUUCCGAACUGAGGGGGGAGCCAUGAAGGGAACCUCGGAGCAUUCCUUCCCGACCCCAGCGGAGAGCAAGACGUCCCUCGCCCCUUCCUCUCCAUCCGCCGCUUCCGCCAUCCUGGCCACCGCCUCGGCCGUGGACGGGCCCACCGCAAGUCCGGCGAGCGUGCCGUCCGCCCCCACGCUCCUGGCCUGGAAACAGCUGGCUUCCACCAUGUCUCAGCUUCCUGCGUCGGGGCCUGGCCUGGCCACCUCCCCCUUGGCCACCACUUCCCUGGAGAACGCCAAGCCUCAGGUCAAACCCGGCUUCCUCCAGUUCCAAGAGAACGAUCCUUGCUUGGCCACAGACUGCAAGUAUGCCAACAAGUUCCACUUCCACUGUCUCUUUGGGAACUGCAAGUAUGUGUGUAAAACCUCUGGGAAGGCCGAGUCCCACUGCCUCGACCACAUCAACCCCAACAACAACCUGGUGAACGUGCGCGAUCAGUUUGCUUAUUACUCCCUGCAGUGUCUCUGCCCAAACCAGCACUGUGAGUUUCGGAUGCGGGGACAUUACCACUGCCUUCGUCCCGGCUGCUUCUUCGUGACCAACAUCACCACCAAGCUUCCCUGGCACGUGAAGAAGCACGAGAAGGCUGAGCGGAGAGCCGCAAACGGUUUCAAGUACUUCACCAAACGAGAAGAGUGCGGCAGGCUCGGCUGUAAGUACAACCAGGUCAACAGCCACUUCCAUUGCAUCCGUGAAGGCUGCCAGUUCUCUUUUCUGCUGAAGCACCAGAUGACGUCCCACGCCAGGAAACACAUGCGGAGGAUGCUGGGGAAGAAUUUUGACCGUGUUCCCACUCAGGUCAUGGGCCACGCUGCUAGGAAUGACAGCCUCCCUCCCGUGAGCAGCCUGGCCCCCAGCCCACCCUCAUCAGGGACUCCUGCCUCCUUUCAGGGAGCUCCAGGCCUGAUGGACCCCGAGGCGGAGGAGUACGUAGAUUACGCGGGCUGCAGCCCUGGGGCCAUCUCCUCAGAGUCCUCCAACAUGGACCGCAGCUGCUCCAGCACGCCAGUGGGCAACGAAAGCACGUCGGCAGGCUGCCUGGCUGCUCUUCCUCCUCCUCCUCCUGCUGCUGGUGACGAUGUUACCCACAAUGCACCACCACCACCACCACCUCUGCCUCCAUCUUUCUCACAAGCCCUGCUCAGAUCUCCCCUCCCCUCCCUCCCCUAUCUCUUCUCUCCAUCUUGUGUCUCAUACUCUCUGCUAAGUGCCACCCUGGGAUCCAGCAGGGGCAUUGUCUUGCCCACCGCCAGCUCGACAGGGCUCUCACCCAUCCUUGCCACUCCAACUCCAGUCAAAAGCGAUGUCCCGCUAGUGCAGGAUGCAGCAGGGAACACCAUCACCAUGCCAACUGCCGCAGGGGCCAAGAAGCGCUUCUGGAUCAUCGAGGACAUGUCCCCGUUCGGCAAGCGCCGCAAGACCCCGUCCUCCCGCAAGAUGCUGGACGAAGGGAUGAUGCUGGAGGGCUUCCGGCGGUAUGACCUGUAUGAGGAUUGCAAAGACGCCAACUGCCAGUUCUCCCUCAAGGUCACGCACUACCACUGCACCCGGGAGAACUGCGGUUACAAAUUUUGCGGCCGCACCCACAUGUACAAGCACGCGCAGCACCACGACCGCGUGGACAAUCUGGUGCUGGACGAUUUCAAGCGCUUCAAGUCCUCCCUCAGCUGCAACUUCCCCGACUGCCAGUUCUCUGGCAACAGCACACACUUCCACUGCCUGCGCUGCGGCUUCCGCUGCACCGACAGCACCAAGGUGACGGCCCACCGCAAGCACCACGGCAAGCAGGACGUGAUCAGCGCCGCUGGUUUCUGCCAGUUCAGCUCCAGCGUGGACUGCGAGGUGCCCGAGUGCAAAUACAAACUCAAGUGCUCCCACUUCCACUGCACCUACCCGGGCUGCAAGCACACCGUGGUGGGCAUGUCGCAGAUGGACUCGCACAAGCGCAAGCACGAGAAGCAGGAGCGCGGAGAGCUGCCGGCCAUCUCUCCGGGCCCCGAGGGCCUCCCCCCGUCCGCCCUGGAGUAUGAGGCCCAGAACUCUUCCGUCAACCUGGACAGCUCUCUCAACCUGAGCACCGACGCAAACAGCUCCCUCUUCUUCCUGCAGAACGCCGCAGGCGUGGGGCUCAACGACUCCAUGGACCUCAGCCAGAAGCCCCCGGAGGGGACGGGCGGCCUCCCUCCCACCCCGGGGGAGAGCCUGGCCCCUGCAGCGGGCAAGCGGUUCCUGGCCAGCUGUUGCAACGUGGAAGAAGAGGACGAUUCUUCCCACGACGACGACGACGAAGAGGAGGAAAUGAAUGAGGAGGAGGACGAGGAGGAAGAUGAGGAAGAGGACGAGGAGGAGGACGAGGAGGAAGAGGAAGAGGAUCUGAACACCGAUUCUGAAGAGUCGCUUCCCGAUCCUGAGGGCCUGCCCGCUAAAGACAUUAGCGAACUGGAGGAGGUGGGCUCUUCCGCCGCAGAUCCCAGCGAUGCUUCCACGCCGUCCGGCGAGCGAGCCUCUGCCCCGGCCCCCGAGGCCUCUCCUUAAGGUGCAGCUGCAGCAGCAGCAGUGGGCGCAGGGGCUCGGCCUUUGCAAAAAGAGCGCAAAAACUGCAUGAACAGGAGACCCUGCUGUGUGAGGUGAGGCAAGAACAAAUGCUAGAAUGGCGAGCGGCAAAACCGACUCUAUCCCAGAAGGUGCACAGGAGGAGGAGGAGGAGGAGGAGGGAAGCACUGAUUCUUGGACCACGCAAAACACGGAGACAAAGCAGAGCCGCAUCCCGGGGCGGGGAGCAGCAGGAGGACCCAUCUGUUGGGGCGCACAUGUUUACAGGGGGCAGGCAGGCAGGCAGAGCAUCGUCUACAGACCAGACGGACUGGCCCUCCCGCUGCUGGACGGCUCCGCUCGCCGUGGCAGAAAGCGCCCUGCUUCUCUCCGCAGGAGGGUCCCUUCCCCUCCGGCCUCGGUUUGCUUUCGUUCGUCCUGUAGUUCUCCUCCCGUUCUCAGGGAGAUGGGGCAGGCAGCUAGCGUCCGGUGGGGAUGUGAUGAGGGAUGAGAGGCUGAGUCACAUACUACAUAGAUACAUCUAUACGUCUAUAGGUGUCGAUAUAGAUAUAUAUAGCGGCAAAGCUGGAUUCGGUUCUGCGAAGCUGCAAGCCGAGUCCUUUUGCCACCGGGGGAAUUAGGGAAAGGGGUGGGUCCCGGUAUCACUUAUAUUCCUAUUUCUUUCUUUCUCCUUUCUCCAGCAUCAAAUGAACAGGAGAAAUAGGAGUCUCAGGCAGCUUGGAAUAGUUGGAACAGGGGUAUUUAUUAUCAGAUUUAAAACAAAAAAAAAAGAGGUGGGGAAGACAUGAAAUGAAUUGAUCCAGGCUGGGAAUAAAAUAUCAGUAAUAAUAAUAAUAAUGAUAAUAAUGAUAAUAAUAAUACUAAUUACUGUUUUUUCUAAGGAAGAAGGAACUUGUUAUUUAUAAGGCGGCCCUCUUCCUGCAGCAGGAGGGUCCCUUUCUGACGGAGCCCUGACCAGGGGCACCGCCGGCAAAGGAGCAGAGGCGUCGCUCUAAGCAGCCCCAGCCUCCGGAGGGCAGGGGGGCCCAAAGCCAAAGCGGGGGGCUUGUGCCCACCCGCAGAAGCCCACGGCCCCAGAGCUUGGCGGGCCCUC